CCUUUCCCUUCGUGUCCUGCCUGAGGAACGGCUGGGUCUGGGACGCCGUGGGCUGCGCGUGGGACGGGUUUAGCAGCAGCCUCUUCGAGAAGAGUUCCAGUCACAAAUGCAUAUGUAUUGCAUUUUGACAUUUACUGCUAAGAUGAAAUGCAGAAAUGAAAACCACACAUCCGUUUUAGUGUUCUCAGAUGUGAUUAGAUGUACUUUAUCGUGUUUUUAUGCUACUGACCUAUAAGAAAAAAAUAUUAACAAAGGGUAACAGUUAAACAGCUAGGACCUGCAAUCUCGAUGCUUCUGGGAUGAACUGGAAAAUCACAAGGAGAGCUUUCAGUACAGCUUGUUCACACCUCAUCUGAGCCCUCAGCCGAGACUCAUACACAUAUCCUUCAUUGGUAGCUGUCACCAGGCGCUGUACCUCCCAGGAUGGCGGACAGUCUCCCGACAGAGUUUGAUGUGGUCAUAAUAGGGACGGGUUUGCCUGAAUCUAUCCUUGCAGCCGCAUGUUCAAGAAGUGGUCAGAGGGUUCUGCAUCUUGAUUCGAGAAGUUAUUAUGGAGGAAACUGGGCUAGUUUCAGCUUUUCAGGGUUGCUCUCCUGGUUGAAGGAGUGUCAGCAAAACAGUGACUUUGAGGAAGAAAGUGCUGCUGUGUGGCAGGACCUGAUCCGUGAAACAGAAGCAGCCAUCACUCUUUGCAGGAAGGAUGAAACCAUUCAACACACGGAAGUGUUUUGUUAUGCCAGUCAGGAUGUGGAUGACAAUAUGGAAGAGACUGAUGCUCUACAGAGAACUCCUUCCUCGGAAGCGUCCAGUACCCUCACUAAACCUCCGGAUUCGGCAUGCUUGGCUGAAGAAACACACCAUGUUACAAGCUAUGAAAUGCCUGCCAAAGACACUGCAAAAAAUGUUGGAAAGAUUUCACUAGAAAUCACUGAUGUAGAGGAAACCCUAGUGAAAGAAAGUAAUUGUGGAGAUAAAACUUGUAUACACACAGUUUCAGAUGGAGAUAAAGAUGAAAACAAACCUGUAGUGAAAGACAACACUGAUCAACCAAAGAGAAAUAGCAUUACUUACUCUCAAAUAGUUAAAGAAGGCAGGAGAUUUAAUAUUGAUUUGGUGUCAAAGCUGCUAUAUUCUCAAGGAUUGCUAAUUGAUCUUUUGAUUAAAUCAAAUGUUAGUCGUUAUGCAGAAUUUAAAAAUGUCACUAGGAUUCUUACAUUUCGAGAAGGAAAAGUAGAACAGGUGCCUUGUUCCAGAGCAGAUGUCUUUAAUAGCAAAGCACUCACUAUGGUUGAAAAGAGGAUGCUAAUGAAAUUUCUUACAUUUUGUGUAGACUAUGAACAACACCCUGAUGAAUACCAAGCUUUCAUGCAAUGCUCAUUUUCAGAGUACUUAAAAACUAAAAAAUUAACCCCCAGCCUCCAACAUUUUGUACUACACUCAAUUGCAAUGACAGAGUCAUCUUGCACUACAAUAGAUGGCCUUAAAGCAACAAAAAACUUCCUUCAGUGUCUUGGACGAUUCGGAAACACCCCUUUCUUAUUCCCCUUGUAUGGCCAAGGAGAAAUUCCCCAGUGUUUCUGCAGGAUGUGUGCAGUUUUUGGUGGAAUCUAUUGUCUUCGCCAUAAAGUACAAUGCUUUGUAGUUGACAAAGAAUCUGGAAGAUGUAAAGCAAUCAUAGAUCACUUUGGCCAAAGAAUAAAUGCUAAAUAUUUUAUUGUGGAGGACAGUUACCUUUCAGAGGACACGUGCUCAAAUGUGCGUUAUAAGCAGAUCUCCAGGGCAGUGCUCAUUACAGAUCAGUCUAUACUAAAGACAGAUUCAGAUCAACAGAUUUCCAUUUUGAUAGUGCCUCCAGCAGAACCAGGAACUUGUGCUGUUCGGGUCAUUGAGUUAUGUUCUUCAACCAUGACAUGCAUGAAAGACACUUAUCUGGUACACCUGACCUGUUCAUCUUCUAAAACAGCAAGAGAGGACUUAGAAUCAGUGGUGAAGAAAUUAUUCAUUCCAUAUGGUGAAACAGAAAUAGACAAGGAAGAAGUUACAAAGCCAAGACUCUUGUGGGCUCUGUAUUUUAACAUGAGAGAUUCCUCAGGAAUCAGCAGAAGCUCCUAUAAUGGCUUACCUUCCAACAUUUAUGUCUGCUCUGGGCCUGACUGUGGACUGGGAAAUGAGCAUGCAGUCAGGCAAGCUCAGACACUUUUCCAGGAGAUCUUUCCAAGUGAAGAAUUCUGCCCCCCACCUCCAAAUCCAGACGACAUUAUCUUUGAUGGUGAUGACAAGCAACCAGAGGCUCCUGAAACCAAAAAUAUAAUAAUUGCCAAGCUAGAAUCCUCUGAGGAAUGCAAAAACCUAGAAAGCCCGGGAAAGCACCUUCAAAAUUAGAAAAGAGCAAACUGGAAAGGCUACUUUGGGCCUUCAUUUUGACAUCAGAAUAUGAAUUAUUAGAAGUGGUUAUAUGAUGAAUGCUAUGCAGACGUUGUCUUUAAUUCUCUUUGAGACAUUCAGUCAUUGGACGCUUUGUAACGCUUUUUGCUAUCAGUAACUGAUUUAUUGGUUAUUGGACUUCU